UUUGUGCUAUCGCAGUUCUCACUCACCUCUCGUCAUCUCAUCCCAUCCACGGCCUCGUAUCUUUUUUCUCUUCUUCCUUACCUCCAUCAAAAUCUGAAUAUCCCGAUGCCUCCACCGACCGAUGAAGAUGAUACGCAGAUCAUUGUCAGUUCAGGCGGGGACGCCGUUUUUAUUGGUGGUGAAACGCUUCCGCUGGAAUAUGGAGAGACACAGCGGGUGGAUAGCUGUGGCGAGCAACUUGGGGAGGAGGUUGAAGACUGGGGAAAGACGCAGGUGGUCGAUGAUUUUGAGGAGACUGAGGUAGUAGGGGAUGACGAUGAAGAUGGAGGAGGGCUUUCUGAAAGGACGGAGUUGGUGGAUGAUGAGGAGGGAUUGGUUGAUGAUUUUGUUGGAGAGGUUGAAUCGGGUUUGAGAAGUAAAGAUGCGGGCUUGGUGGAUCCUGAUGCAUCUACUGAUGAAGAGGAGCGCUGUGACGAUGAUGAACCAG